UGGCCUGUUGUUGUAUUUAACUUUGUUUUUCUUAAAGACAAAAAUAAUUGUGUCCCAUCAUUCUUGUUUGUAAUGAGGCCUAUGGGUAUGUUUCAUAACCAGUAGUGGUAUUGGCUUUCGAAGAGGUAGUCCACAGCUUAUGAAAAGCCAGGAUUCUACGAGUGGGGUGGAGACUAGACUGUCUCAUCCAUGAUCCACCCCAUGUUGCAAUAGCUGCUGUGGCUUACUCAAUAACUGUUUCCUACAGGAGCAGCAGGACAUUUGUCUGUCAGCACAAACAGCAAAAAACAAAUGUCUCAGCUACUUCAGCAGAGGAACUUACAUUCAUCACAGCAAUGAGAAGAGCAAAGCAUGUUACAGAAGCUGUGCUGUGUGAUUCUACUCAUCAUCCAGAAGGACACAGAAACUAUACAGGUGAUUGGAGGACGCAAGACUGUGGUACAGGGGGAGGAUGUGGACUUAUCCUGCAGACUGAUAGAGACAACCGAGGACCUCGAACAGAUAACAUGGCAGAAAAGUACUUUGGAAAAAACACAGAACCAUAAUUUUCUGCUGAUUUAUCCCAAUGGGGUUACUAACUUUAUUGCACCAAAUGGAUUGAAAGGUAGAGUCCAGUUUAUUGGAAACCCAUCAGAAAACCUUGGAUCUAUUAGAAUAACAGCUGUCAGACUGUUGGAUGAAGGCACCUUCACAUGUAUAUUCAGUAUUUUCCCCAGUGGAGCAUACAAUACAGAGAUUCCUCUGACUGUGCUUGUUCCUCCAGUAGUGAGUGUGACAGUUGAUGUUCCUCCUGUCAUUGGGGAGAAUGAGGUUGUCUUGGCAACCUGUGUGGCUGCUGGUGCCAAGCCACAGGCAGAAGUGAAGUGGAUUUCAGGUACAUUCGGCAGUUUGUUGAGGACAAUGACAAACUCCACCCAGCACGCCAAUGGAACUACCACAGUACUCAGCCACCUGCUCGGGGUGUCAACCAGAGCAGCCAAUCAGCAGCAGGUCCAGUGUGUGGUCAACCAGUCUGCCCUGGCAACAGAAAGGAGCUACAACUACACCAUAAACAUCCAUUAUCCACCUCAGUCAGUGAACAUCACCCUUAGUGUGGCCUCUAAAGCCACAGUCUUACUAUGUCUAGCAGACGGCAACCCACAACCCAACUACACCUGGAGCAGAGUGGUCCAGCCAUGGCCUGUGUCUUCAGUGAGAGCAGAGGGAGACAUACUGCACCUCCUCAGUCUCAGCUCUGAGCUGAAUGGUCUCUAUAUCUGUGAGGCCUCCAACCCCUACGGACGAGCAACUGGCUCCCUCUAUGUACACACAUCCUCUGAGACCUCUGCUGCCUGUUGGUUUCUACUCAUUGUCAUUCUAUGUCUGAUUGUUACUGCAGCUGCACUCGUAUGGUACAGGAGGAAAUACGGACAGUGUCCUUGGAAUUCAAUCAUGGCCAAUCACCAGUUCCAGGCACCCCCACAGGAUGAGGAAGAUGAACCUGGGACGUCUGGGUUCUAACACUCCAAACCAGGAAGGCGGAUCAGGAAGAAGUAUCGUGAUAAAUCGCCGGACAGGCUGAGAGCGGAUGCCAGAAGAAUCUCAGACAUGCAAUGGGUGUGGGAAGAUUUCCAGUCCACACAUUCUCCAUUGUUCUAACCAUUUGCAAAGAAGAGGCACAUUCUCCAACCAUCUAAUGAACAGAGACCCUAGCAGUAUUCACUGUGACAUUAGAAACCUCGGCUCGGCCCCUCCUCCACCACAGCUUCUCUCGUGGACUCAGCCUUGUCAUGGUGGAGGGGCUUUGUUUCUUCAGUGGGAACAACAACUGUAUCUAUGUAUGUAUGUAUGUAUGUAUGUACAGUGGGGAAAAAAAGUAUUUAG